AUGCCGGUGGCCACCAGGAAGCGACCUGGUCGGCCGACGAACAAUCAAGCUGCGGGGAAUGGCGAGAAGGCCAUACCAACCAGCAGCAUCGACGAACUUCCGGCGGGAACCCGGCGCAGCAAACGUCUCGGUCACGUUGAUGUGGAAGACAUUAGGGAUUUCGAGGCCAUACGAGUGAAGAGAAGACGAAGAAGUCAGAAUGAUGUGGAGGAAGAAGAUCAGGUGGAUGUAGAUCAAGGCAGCGAAGAAGAACAUCGCCAAGGCGAACGAAACGACCAGACCAUGGAAGACGUUCUGGACGAAGCAGAUGAAGAAGGGACAGAAGACCAUGGCGAAAGUACAGCUCGACCAUUGGCAUCGGAGGCACCGAUCGAACCACGAAUUGUCAGAAAACGAGGUCGGCCGAGGAAGAUACGCGAGGAUCUCCGGAUAGAUACAUUGCGUAAGGAAGCAACGAAUACCCAUCGUACGAACGCGAGCCGUUCCGGAAAGGGGCACUCAACUCAAGAGUCCAGUCGACCCUCAAGGACGAAAGCGACGAAACCAAGGAAAGGCUCUCCGAAUGCCGACGCUUCUCAACCGACGCCAGUAUCAGAUAACAAGGACGAACCAGCCGCUGCUGCAGGCGCCAGGGCGGAUAUCUAUGAGUUUGCGAGUAGCCCACCCAGAGGGUCUGCCGUCGCAGUCGACCUUUCAAUAUCGUCAUACGAAGAAGACGAAUUGUCCGAUUCACGAUCUGAUUCGCAAGACCCAAACAAUGGGAAUGGGCUGUUUGUCGAGCGCGAGACUCAGAGCGCAGAUCGGGAGGGCACAGAGCAGGGCGAAGAGGAAGAUGACGAGGAAGGUGAUAAUGAGCAACUUUACAACGACCCGACUCUAGCGGAUUUGCCCCCGUCCGCACAAGCAUGGGAAAAUGAUGUCUAUCCGGGCGAUACCGACUCCCAAAUGGAGCCACAUCCAGUAGAGGCAACUCAGCAGCUUCGUCGUUUGGUUGAUGAUAUGGACCCGCCAACUGCUGAUCUCUUCCCGGAGGUCGAUUACGAGUACCCGGACGAUCAUUUCAUCUUUCACAAGCCCGAAGACCAAGACCGACUGACUGCGGCGCCAGUUAAAUCACCAUCAUUGAAGAGCAUCAAGGAGUUGAUGAAUGGCGUGGGUUGGAUGCGCUCCAAGGAUGGAAGAGCAGUUGACCUCACAAAUGGGUCGGCGCAACUCUCACAGAGAACUCAGCCUCUCUGGGACCGCAUCCAACUACUCAACGACUUCUGGGAAGGAGCACCUCGCGCGCCCCUGUUCAGCAAACAGUGCGACUAUUUGCAUUCGAGCGAUGCAGAUGCGGUCGAGGCCAGGCACACUUUCAAGGAAGUCGACACACUCGUUCAUAAGACAGCCACGAAAGCGAAGAAGCACAGCCCUGGCGACGAAUCCGAUAUGCCGGCCCCACGUUUUGUCAAGGAGCUGUACGAAAGUAUCAUUCCUUUGCUUGUGGUUACGCUUGGAAAUGUAUUCCGAAAGGGUACUGAGCACAACACAUCACAUUACACCGGAUUGUUCACGAAACCAAUGUUGCAAAUCAUGCACAGACUGGUUGCCUGGAUUGAGAAGCUGUACUAUGGCAUGCUCUCGAACCUCGCGAGGAGGAGGCAGAAGGAGCAACUCCUAUCCAAGAAGCUCAGUCGAGAGAAGUUGGCCGAGUAUUUACGAGGCUUCAAGCGAGAGCUGGACGUGACUUGGACCAAGGUCAAUCACACGAUUCAGGGGCAACGACUUUACGAGCAGCGAUUUGGUGAGAAGAAACAGAAGGAAGAGCGAGAGCGGCACGAAUACGAAGAGACUAGACGACGACAACGGGAGUUCUGCGACAGGCGACUGGAGGAGCGGAUUGCAGCCAGGAAAGCACAAGGCGUUGCAAGCUCCCUGCAACAAAGUCAACAAAGUAGGCACGAGAGACAGCAGGCCGGACCAGUGGAUCGCCGUCUAGAUGCUAUGCGAGGAUCCGUGGACGUCGAGCCCUUGGCCUGGCCUGAAGCAGAUGCCAAGUGGCUUCUACAGACGUUGUCCGCAAGGCCAGACGCUGAUACUCAAGCGCUCGCAAUGAUGCUUAAACGCGGUGAAGCCGAGGUCAUAGCCAUGAUCAGUUUGCUUAAGCAAAGCGCCAGAGCACACGCAACAUCGAGAGGCAAGGAGGUUCCGGCAUUUGCAGCAGCCUGA